GGGACCGCGCAAGCGCGCAGCCGGUCCCGGCGCUGGAGCAUAAACAAGAGUGGGGACGGGAUGAGGCGGCAGUUGGUCCCCGCGCAGCGAGAGGCGGCGAGCGGGGCGACGACCAGCUGGACCGGACGUAGAUCCUGGGUGUAGCGUGCUCCCGCGGGCCGCCCGAGUCGAGCCGCGCGCGCUCCCGCCAAGGGGGUCCGCGUCCGUCGCGCGCGCGCAGCCAUGAACCUGGCGAGCCAGAGCGGAGAGGCCGGCGCCGGCCAGCUGCUGUUCGCCAACUUCAACCAGGAUAACACGUCCCUAGCUGUUGGUAGUAAGUCCGGGUAUAAGUUUUUCUCCCUUUCUUCUGUGGAUAAGCUGGAACAGAUCUAUGAAUGCACUGACACUGAAGAUGUCUGCAUUGUGGAGAGAUUGUUCUCAAGCAGCUUGGUGGCCAUUGUCAGCCUCAAAGCCCCCAGGAAGCUGAAGGUCUGCCACUUUAAGAAGGGCACCGAGAUAUGCAACUACAGCUACUCCAACACAAUCCUGGCCGUGAAGCUGAACAGGCAGAGGCUCAUCGUGUGUCUGGAAGAGUCACUCUAUAUACACAACAUCCGGGACAUGAAGGUACUUCAUACCAUCCGAGAGACACCCCCAAACCCUGCAGGCUUGUGUGCACUGUCAAUAAACAAUGACAACUGCUACUUGGCAUAUCCAGGGAGUGCGACCAUUGGAGAGGUGCAGGUCUUCGACACCAUUAACUUGAGAGCUGCAAACAUGAUCCCAGCUCAUGACAGUCCCUUAGCAGCCCUGGCUUUUGAUGCAAGUGGGACCAAGCUUGCCACCGCUUCUGAGAAGGGGACUGUGAUUCGGGUGUUUUCCAUUCCAGAAGGACAGAAACUGUUUGAGUUCAGGAGAGGAGUGAAGAGGUGUGUGAGCAUCUGCUCCCUGGCCUUCAGCAUGGACGGCAUGUUCCUCUCCGCAUCCAGCAACACCGAGACAGUGCAUAUCUUCAAACUUGAGGCCGUGAGGGAAAAACCUCCGGAAGAGCCCACCACCUGGACCGGCUACUUUGGGAAGGUUCUCAUGGCAUCUACAAGCUACCUGCCCUCACAAGUGACAGAAAUGUUCAACCAGGGCAGGGCCUUUGCCACCGUCCGCCUGCCAUUUUGUGGCCACAAGAACAUCUGCUCACUAACCACAAUUCAGAAGAUCCCACGGUUGCUGGUAGGAGCAUCGGAUGGCUAUUUGUACAUGUAUAACCUGGACCCCCAGGAAGGCGGCGAGUGUGCGCUGAUGCGUCAGCACAGGCUCGAUGGCAGCAUGGAGACGACCAGUGAAAUUGUGGACUCUGCGUCUCACGACUGCCCCCUAGCAACACAGACAUAUGGCACAGCAGCUGCCAAAGGGGCCUAUGUGCCCUCGUCCCCCACCAGACUUGGUAAAGGGCAGGACGCCAACUUAGAAGCCUACACAGAUGACCUGGGUGCUGUGGGUGGCGCAUGCCUAGAGGAUGAAGCCAGUGCGCUGCGCCUGGAUGAAGACAGCGAACACCCUCCCAUGAUCCUCCGGACUGACUGAUCCCGACCUGUGAACUCUGGCCCAGGAGCAGACGACACUGGCCUGGCUGAGGACUUGAGCACUGCUGCUAUGAACUUUGACCUGAAUUGAGGGAGAGGAUGGCAGAGACUUUAAAGCAAAGAGAUUGUAGUUAUAGCCUAUCCAUACUGUUGAGAAAAUACAGUUUUCAGUUCAGUGACUUUAAUCCUGCUUAUGAAUUUAGCUUUUUAUUUUCUCUUUAAUUUUUUUAACCUUUUUUUUUUUUUUGCCAAAAUUAACUAUUUGAUGAAGUCUGUGGAGUCUCCUUGCUUUGCAUGUGUGAGGUGCCAAGCCAGCAUAGGAGGGAGAGCCAGUGGAGCGGCCACUCCACAGCAAGCCACAGUUGUCAGGUCUCAUGCCAGGGUAUGCAUGAAGAAGUGUCUGCCCACGUGCGGUGAUUCUGCAGGGACAGGGCCCGUGUGCCCACCGAGACCAGCCAGGGCAAAGGUGGACAGUGGCCUCUGACAGGAGUCCUCUUGCCCUGCUGCCUCACCUGGGCCAUUUUCCCUCCCAAUUUAUUAAACUCUUUCCAGACUGGAUCAUUCUGGGAGUAGCUUCCUCCACGGGGACUAUUGUUUUGGGUCUUAGUCUCCACGGGGAUCUUGAGAGGAGAGAGGCAGUUUCUGCUCUCUGUGCCUUCUCUUCUGACAGGUGAACUUGGCAGCCUGCCGGGGCAGCCUGGAGCCAAGGAAGGUGAUUUCGUCAGUGUCUUUAAAUGCUCUGUCUCCCACUGUCCCCAUCCAUAACUGUGACUUGGUUUUAUGUUUUUGUUUUUAAAGGAGAGUAUUGCUACUCCAAUUCCUGAAAAAGCACAAAGGUGUAAGAAAGAUGCUACGUCAGGUGUUAGUCUCUGCUGACCUGAGCGGUGCUGUCUGCCAGAGGCUCUUCUCCCUCCCCAGAGAUAGCAGAUAGCAGAGAGGCCCCGGGGUGCCGCAGGAGACUCCCUCCCUCCCUCUCUCCCUCCCUCCCUCUCUCCCUCUCUCCCUCCUGGGUGAUGUGCCUUUUCUUUUGGAAAUGAGGUCAGAUGUCAGUGCUGCCCUGCACCUAUCUGCUUUUGAUUGGUGUCUUUGGGUAAAGUAUGGGCUCUCACUACAACUCAGGCUCUGGAACUCACUGUAUCGCUCAGACUGGUCUCAGACUCACAGCAGCCCCCAUGCCUCAACUUCCUGAGAGUUGGACCAGGUACCACUGUGCCAGGCUCCUUUCUCAGCUCUAUAGAAUAAAAAAAUCUGCAUUCUAAACAACAGACCCUAACAGUGGAGCCCGGGGGUGUGGUAUGUGGCUUCUGCAUGAAUAUGACUUUAGGUGCAGGGCUUUUGGAGCAGGAAAUCAGGAUACUAUCAGGGUACUCGGUUAACCCAGCUCAGGUCAAGCAUCUGGACAAGAAGGACUGCAGGUAGCUGCCUUCAGGCCAGUGUGAUUAUGUCUCGGAGAGUGUUUCUGCAAGGUACCUGUAGCUAAAUCUGCUGAGGUCCCCUGAUCUUGCUGUUCAGAGGAUAGCUAAUCACAUGAGUGUGGUUUGAGGGAUGCCCACUGCUAGUUCCUGCUGCUGUUGGCACCUGACCCUGGAGCAUCUGAGGAGCCAAACUGGAUAGCUUGUGAGGCAGGGUGAGGCUGGGUGUGCGUGAGUGUCCUGGACCCUGAUAACAUAGGACCCCAACCCAUGGUCUGGUUCAGUGAGUACUUUACUGGGAGACUAAAACUGGCCUUCACAGGACCAAACACAGCCAGCGAGUGCUGACAGGAACAGACUAUGGGAAGUGCACAGGGCUGGCUGAUUGGGAGCUGGGGUUUCCUGGAACCAAAGAGUGUGACUGGGGAGGUAGUGACCUUGGCCUUGUACACUGUGGGUGUGGCUGGCACCCAGCUCCAUCUGAGGUUUCCUCUCUUGGGAGUUGGUAUUCCAAAAACAUGUUGGAAUUCCUUUCUCCCUUUUCACCUGGGUUUCCUCACUUGAAAGUUUGGUCAGAAAAAGCCUCUUUGGGGGUCUGGGCUGUGCCUUCAGUGGUCUUGCCGGGCUGGGCAAAUUUGGCAAGCCUUCCCCUCUUGGGACAGAUGUGCACAGAGGUUAGAAAAGCAAAGGAGAAAGCUCUGCUGACCUCAGGCUAUAUCCGUGCACCACUGAGGAGCUGGCUGAGGUUAGCACGCACUGGUGGGAUACAGUGGUGGAGCCAACUGAGAAACUGAGUCAGUAGAUACACACUCGAAUAAGUGCUGGCCCCCGGCCCCACAGCGGUGGCUAGUUUUAAGAUUUUACUCCAAAGUUAAGAGAAAAUUUUGGAGGUGGCACACACCUAUAAUCCCAGCAGUCAGAAGAGUGAGGCAGGAGGAUUGCUGUAAGUUUGAGGCCAGCCUAGACUAUGUACUCCUGGGCAAGCCUGGCAUACAGAGCGAGACCCUGUCUCAAAAAAACCAAAGGAUGAUGACUUUAAAAAAAAGACAAUGGGGAAUGGGAGUUUGAACCCCCCCCCCAAUUUUAAGAUUAGUGUGGAUUGGGACCAAAGCUUUUGUAUUUUCUCAAACAGUGAAAGCAAGAGUUGGAGUCCCUUGUCCUGCCUACACAAACAGCAUGAGCUAGGGGCAGGUCUGAGGUUGGACUGUAGGAGAAGAACCCUACCUCACAGGGCUGUUGUGAGGUGUGUGAGGGGGUGUCCUGUGAGCACCCAGCGCUGGGGCUGACCAGCAGUGGACUCCAAUAAACACUAAAACUGAAA